AUGGAUUCCACAUUAAUUCUUGACCAACUUAGUCUAUCAUGGGAAACUCCUUUAUUAGAUAUUAUGAUUGAAAAUUGUGUUUUGACGGUUGACCAAAAAAGAAAUGAUCAAAUAGCUGACUCGAAUAUAAGACUCCUAGGUAAUGCAAUUCUCUCUUCCGAAAAAGAAUAUUCCGUUGCUAAUCUUUUUGUUAAAAAUCAAAGUAACAUUUUAAGAGCAAAUGUUAUAGAUACUGAAGUAAUUGUUGGAGAUAAUACAGAAUUCAUUGUUGAUGUUCCUAAUUCGGACUUUAUUUCGAUAAAUUUGCAAACAAAUUCAACAUUAUCUUCGAAGUACGUAAUAUCAGCAGAAGUAAUAUCUACUAUCAAUAAUUCACCAGAUGGAGUCAUUAAUAUCGAUGCAACUGUUAAUAUUUCAGAAAAAUUAAGUUAUGGAUCUACAAAACUUAUUGUAAAAGAGCUAAUUUUACACGAAUAUGGACUUUUGGCAUGCGUACAUCAUAAUACAGGUGUAAUUCCUUGCACAAUAUAUAAUGCCAAGAAAAUCAAUUUCAUUUUUUCAACAAAUCCAGGUUAUAGUACAGAACAAAAUGAAAUCUUGUUUGAUGAUUUGUUCUGGGCCGGAAAGAACACAUUUGAUGUUCUAGAAACGAAUCUUUCAAUAAAGAAAAUAAAUUUAAUAAGUGAAGCCGCAAGUAUUGAAGAGAUAGUUAUAUUCCAAUCAAACACUUUCUUGAAACUCACGAAAAAUGAAACAAUGAUCCAGUUUAAAUACAUUGAAAGUCCAUUUUCUGUAUUUUCAAAGUUUUGUUUUGGAGGAAACAUCGAAGAUUCCAUUUGUAAAGAAACUCCAAGAUAUUUCUAUCAGUCAUACAAUGAUAGUUGGAAAUCAUAUCUUACUUCGCACACACAACGAAUAAUAUUAGCAUUCAAUGAUACAAAAGAAACUAUUGAUUUGAUGAAUAUCAAUGAUACACAAACAUUGGAUUUACAAUUAUCAGGAAACACAGAAGUAAACAUUGUUUGUUCAUCUCCUCCAAAUAAUAUUCAGUCAUUAUUUGUAACUGGAGGAAUUGUUAACUUUGAUUUUGAUAACUUCACUGAAUUAUCAAUGUUACUUGUUAUUUCGAACACAAAUAUUACAUUGAAGAAUUGUAAUUUGUUUCUCACUGGGUUUUCGUCUAUCAAUCCCAGCUCAUUAUAUACGCAACCAAUCAAAAAUCUGAUAUGGGAGUCCAAGGCUAACUUUUUGUUGUCUACCUAA